CAAGCCUGUCCCAGCCUGCAAUUCAUUGCUGCAUUCCUCGGAGAGCCAACGCUGCAGCAGAUACGCUUGCGAUUAGUGAUUUGUUGCCCGAAAUUGAACCGGUGUCCAGCCCUCGCGGCCGCGCUGCGAAAACUGCAGCAGCAGCAAUCACUGGAGGUGGUGCAUGCACCACUAUACGCCGCCGACCAGUCCCAUGCAGCAAGAACGCUCGAGCUACGGCGCCGCCGAGAUCGAGCUCGACGAAGAAAGGAACUACGGCCGCGCGAACAGCAAGCCCUUCGGCCGGACGACGCUGCCGCACGGCGUCGCGUUGAUAGGCGCCUUCGGCUCCUAUGCGCUGGUAGUGAACAACAUCAGCGGGCCGGGCAUGCUCGACUUUCCCCAGGCUUUUCAAGCCGCGGGGUGGCUUCCCUGUGUAUUAUGCAUCCUGGGCGUGGCGGCCGUGUCCGCGGCGGUCGCCUGCGCUCUUACAGAUGCCCACGCUUCCCUGAGAAAGGAAAAGGCCACGCACGCCACGAACCCGACGUCGCGAACGAGGGCGGGCCGGUGGCGCGCGCGGUCCUGGAAGGAAGUACAAACAGAUAGCGUCGAGUUCUCCGAGAUGUUCGGCGCGGCCUACGGCGGUACUAUUUUUCGAGGAACACAAUUACUGUACUUCCUCAACUUGUUUUCGCAGAACGUCGCGGCGAUCGUCACCACUGCCCAAGCUACUGAUAGCAUGAUCGCCGCGCUUUUUGGCGACUCCUAUGCUUUGAAUGUGCCUCACUUCACGAUAGAGACAUGGGAAGGAUGCAAAAGAGAAGGCUGCGUCCCGUUUCGCCUGGCGGCGCCUGGACUACUCCUGACGGCGGGCUACGCGUUCUGCUUCUUGACGCUGGGGCCCCUCGGUUUUUUUACAUUACAAGAGAACAUGCUCGCGCAGAAGAUCUCGUUCGUUUUAUUGGUGGCGUUGACGCUGCAGUUCCUGGCUUAUUUCGUGACGAGCCCCACACCGUCGAGGGUGGCUCUCGUGGGUCCGCGGCCCUGGGACGUCGUCGGCGUCGUCAUCUUCAACUUCGCGUUCUGUGUCACGGUGCCGGCCUGGCUCAACGAGAAGGUACCACAAGUAAACGCCAAAAAGACAAUCUGGGCGGCUUGUUUAUCUUCCGCUGUGGCCUACUGUUUAGUGGGCUGGUUGGGAGGCGUCGCCAUCGCGCGGGCGUCGGACAAUGUCUUAGAUGAGCUCACGUCCUCAUUGGCGCCUACGUCCGUAAGGUUGGGCGGUGGAAUCUUCGCCUUCGCGAUUAUUGGGCUGGGCGUGCCGGUCUACUGCGUCCUGAUGCGCUAUAAUUUGAGGGCGGGCGGGUUGAGUGAGUUCUGGUCUCAUAUUCUAGCAGGCGCGGGCCCCUGGGCCGUGUCCUGGCUCGUGUACAGAGGACAUGGGAUAUUGGAAGUGCUGUCGUGGUCAGGAUUAAUAUUAAAUGCGGCCAUCGACUUCAUCGCUCCGAUGGUCCUCGUAUUACAUUCGACGUCGACGCGGGCGAACGCGUCACGGUUUAGAAGAGGCGACUCGCUGGGGCCGCACGAUCAUAUGAGAGCGGCGAUGCUAUUGAUGAUUGUCGUCGUGCUUGUCGCGACCGGUCUCGUGCUGAAACUUUACGAGGCGUUCAACGGCGUCGGCGGCGACAUCGCCGACCAGAUCCACGGCGACGUGACGCCGGACUCCUAGUAGUGUGCAAUAAGGUAUACAGUGU